GACCUAGGACGACGGAGACUCCACCCAGCAGGUUCGCCGUCGCCAUGGCGUCCGCCCGCGCCGCGCUCCUCCGCCGCCACUGCCUCGCCGCAGCCGGCGGCGCCAACCCCGUGCUCUUCUCCGGCCAUGGCCUCCGCUACCGCAAGCUGGAGGUCAUCCUCACCACGACGAUUGAUAAGCUGGGGAAAGCGGGGGAGGUAGUGAAGGUGGCCCCAGGACACUUCCGCAACCACCUUAUGCCCAAGAUGCUCGCUGUCCCAAACAUUGACAAAUUCGCUCUACUCAUCCAUGAGCAGCGCAAGCUUUACCAACGUCAAGAGGAGGAGGUGGUGAAAGAAGUCCGACAAGAAGAUGAUGAUGCUAAGCAACAGGAAGAGAAACUGAAGGAGUAUCAAACGGCAGCAAAGUGUCUUGAUAAUGCUCUCUUGGUGUUGAGGAGAUUCAUCUCAGUUGGGAAUGAACUGCGGUCUCCUGUGACAAAGGACGAAAUUGUUUCCGAGGUUGCAAGGCAACUCAAUAUCAAUAUCCACCCAGACAAUCUUCACCUGCCGUCACCAUUGGCAUCCCUUGGGGAGUUUGAGCUGCCCCUCCGUUUGCCAAGGGAUAUACCACGCCCAGAAGGCAAGCUACAAUGGACUCUAACGGUUAAGAUCAGAAGAAAAUAAGUACAAUCCAUGGGGUAACUUUGUUCCCCCUCCAAGGAGGUGAAUGAUACGAAAACGUUGCAGAAUUCAGAGCAAGAGACUUCAGAUAAGGUUUGCUGCAAAAUUCAGUCCCAUUUUGAAAAUGGUGGACUGCAUUCUGCGGUGUGGUUUUUCGAACCUGCUUAUAGACAUUCUUGGCCUUUCCUUGAGAGGAUGAUCGGUACUAGCCAUUUUCAUUCGUGAAUACUGAAUAAUCUUUCUGGAAUAGAUAUGUUGCAACAGUUUUUAGCAGCCAGACAGCAUGGCCUGUGUAUUGUCUACAACGUCGUAUUUUGUUAAUUUAGUAUAUCGUUGCCUAUGCAAGCAUAGCUAUUGUUGCAAA